UCCACUAGACCAUCAUACUUUUGCGAAGAUGAAACUUAUAUGCAUUGGCUUGAGCAUUCUUGCUUGCGUCUGCGCGCAAGCUCCUUCUGCAGAAUACCUCCCCCCAGGAGCAAAUUAUGGCGCUUCUGCAAGCAAUGUCAUCGAGAAUAAUUUCUUGGACAGUGAACCGUACAAUACUUUAGCUAACGACGGUUAUCGUUAUAGGACUGUACGACGUUUCCGAUUGCGACACCGCCGAGAUGUUAAUGAAUUGUCGAGUGGCUACUUGCCACCUCAAGCUUCCGCGCCCGAACCAGCAUAUUCUGUUUCAUCACCUUAUGACAACUCAGGAGCUUACUCUGUGCCAGCUCCAGUUUAUACCGCGCCAAGUACAGUUUAUGAUGCCAGCUACGAUGCUGCUGCGUCAGAACCAGCGCACAUCGUCGCUGCUGAUGGAUAUCGGUACAAAACUGUGAAACGUUAUCGUCUUCGCCAACGCCGUCGUCGCGAUGUUAGCGAACUUGCAAGUGGCUACCUACCUCCUCAAGCCUCAGCCCCUGAGCCAACAUAUUCGGCGCCAGUGUCUUACGAAAACUCAGGAGUUUACUCGGCACCAAAUCCAGUUUAUACAGCCCCAACUCCAGUUUAUGAUGCCAGCUACGAUUCUGCUGCGUCAGAGCCAGCACACAUCGUCGCCGCUGAUGGAUACCGAUACAAAACUGUGAAAAGGUACCGUCUUCGCCAACGCCGUCGUCGCGAUGUUAGCGAACUUGCAAGUGGCUACCUACCUCCUCAAGCCUCUGCCCCUGAGCCAACUUAUUCGGCACCAGCGUCUUACGAAAAUGUGGGUGCUUAUUCCGCCCCGUCAUCUGUUUACUCUGCUCCUGUCCAAAACAACGAUCUGAGCUAUGACGUUGCUGCCUCAGCACCAGCGCACAGUCUAGCAUCUGAUGGUUACCGCUACAGGACUAUAAAGCGAUAUCGUUAUCGCCAUCGUCAUUAAACAAUUUAAGGUUCUCAUCUGCGCAUGCCAAAAUAAUAUAAAAGAAAAGGCGAAUGAACUACAAAAUGUGAAUAAAUUCAUUAUACCAUAAACACGGUAU